CCUACUUAUAUUUGUUGCGAGUGGGUUUGCACAGAGGAUCACGUUAUCGACCAUUGUGUAACAGGUGUCUGCCAUGCCCACUGGCGGAGUCCCCUUUCCCUUUGGACCAUGCAAGAUCUGCACAGAUGGAGCCACAGGAGUGCAUUAUGGCAUAGAGACGUGUGAGGGAUGCAAGGGUUUUUAUAAAAGAAGCAUUACCAGAGGGGAUAAGUACAAGUGUUACUUUGGUGGUCAGUGUGUACUCACCCCACAGAACAGGAACAGGUGCAAGGCUUGUCGAUGGCAAAGAUGUCUGCGGGCAGGAAUGUCCACAGAGGCUGUCAAAAUGGGCAGGAUACCAAAGAUAGACAAAGAGAAAGCUUUAGAAGAAGUGCGGCGUAUGAGAGAUUCACAGCAGCUGCAGCAGCAGCCCACUCUACUGCCCAAACCUGAGAUUCCCCAGCGGGAGGCCCCCAUGGAUACCACAAGGAUGUUGAUACCAGAGCCACCGUGUCCAACCGUGACUGCAUGGCCAACCAUGGCUACAGCUCAACAGUAUGACAAUAUUCCGGACAUUCCAGACACAGUGCUAAACCAUCACCAAGUACCUCUCCUGGCACCAGAACAUUCCACAAGUUCCUCGCGAUCGAGAUCAAUGUCCAGGUCCAGUGCUGCCACUGUAUCCACCCAGGUGUCUGCAGCUGCUGGUGAGGAAUCCCCAGCAGACUCUGGAGUAGACUUAGUUUCAGUUAGUUCAGAAAAAGGCAGAGCCAGCCUGUCAUCAUUGAAUGGAUCCUUCACCUCAUCAGAAUCAGAUGCUCCAGUCCCCAGGCCUCAGCGUUUCUACAGUCCAGACGUUAUCAAAGAACUCCUGAGUCAGGUGAUUGAAACCACCCAGGGCAAUCCAGACAUGCAGCAGUUGAUAGCGCAGAAACUCCUCGAGAAAUGUAAGUCGACCAAGGUGACAGAUGUUGGACAGGGGGACAAUGGCCUGGUAGUUUGUGACCAGAGUCUGUUGAUGCAGUACAACGCACAGCCUAUGGUUUCCCCUGCACAAUUGAGCUCUGGCAAUCACUCAUUGUCAGGCGGGAGAAUGGAGGUGAAAAGUGAAGGGGGGCAUUUCAGGCCUGACUGCAUUCAGAAUAUGCCCUAUUCCUCCUCCUCCUCCUCCUCCACAACAGCCAGGCAGCACACUAUUGCCUUUAACACAGCCCAGCAGAUGGUAGGUUUGAUGAGCCAGGCAGGCGGUGGAAGGAGUUUCAACAACAGUGCACAUCACUCAACAUUUAUGAAGCCACAACAACUACAGCACAACAACAAUAACAACAUGCGUCUCAACGGACAUAAUUCAUCCUUAAAUAUUCAGUUUGGACUGGUGGAUCAGCACCAUUUAGAAUCAUUUAAAGAAGAGUUUGACCAGUAUGUAAGUUCAUCAGAGCCAGUGCAGUUAGGACACAAUGAUAUUGAACAGAACGGUGUGGGAGUUGGCAUUGAAAACACGAGAAGCCAAAAUGACACAGAAGAUGCCAGUGAUGAGGAAUUUUAUAAGGCAAUUGAGCUGUAUAACAUGCCAUACAGCAGAAGAUUAUCUAAGAGCAGCAUAUAUAAGGAGAUAGCACAUACAUUGGAAUUGGUAUACAAGAAGCACAUGAAAAUUGCCAUUGAUGUUGCUGACAGGAUUGGCAAAGAAGAUUUCACAAAAUAUGAUUUGCCCCACUCAAAAGAGAAUGCUGAAAAACUGUGGAAGGCACUUUUUGACUCAAUUGACAAUACAACAAGUUCCAUUUUAGGUUUUUGUGCUGAGAUACCUGGUUUUGACUCCUUACCUGAUAAAGCAUUGUUGGUGAAGUCGUCUUAUCUUGAUAUGUGGAUGACUAUUUCAUCACCAUUGCUGAGAGAUGGGGUGUCUUUCCUUAUGCCACAGCCCAAUCUUCGCUAUACAGAGACAUGGAUGAGACGUUUUCUACCCAAAGACCUGGUAGAUUUAAUGUUUAUCAUUGCCAAUGAGCUGAACAGCCUCUCAUUCAAUCCUGCAGAAUAUGGACUCUUGUGUGCAGUUGUCAUGACUGAUCAUCGUGAAGGACUGCAAAAUGCAGAGCUAGUGAAGAAAUUACACAAUUUUUAUAUCGAUGCCUUAGCCGCUGAGGUGUCACGCAAUAAAGGGUCUAGAAGUACAAGGAUUCUUAUAGACUUAUUCCGCAUUUUGCCACAACUGCAGAUAUUGAGUAAACUACAAGCUAAAGUUGUUUACAACUUCACUCCUGAUGGGGGACCUCCUGAUUUCCGACCGGAGGCAGAAAAGCAAAAAGAAAAACCGCAGGAAGGUGGAGAAACAGAACAUUUUAAUGCAGACAAGCAAAACAAGACUGGAUGUUGAAAGCUGAUAGUUCUAUUGUUACCAUGAUCUUCAAACUGGGUGAAAUAUAAGAUCACAUUUGUCUUUUCUUUUCAGUCUGUUAUAGAGUUUUAGAGUACAGCAGGGUAUACUGUUAUCAUAUUUAAAUGGCAUUUUCUACCUCAGAGAGUUAAUAAUAUUCCAAGCAGUAAAAGUUUUUUUUUUUUUUUUUACUGACAUGGCAGGAGAUUCCUGCGGCGUCAACUAGAUUGGUACCCAUACAAAUUAUUUUCAAAUAAUAACAGUGAGAAGGAUUCCAUUAAGUUUUAAUGAAUAGUUUUAUAAGCGCAAGUUCUUAGAUGAGGGGGGUAUCCACCUUCUGGCAUGAUCACCCUCUCCUGACAGAUAUAUGCUUGGUGUUGUGUAAAAGGUGGCACCAUUUCUAAAAAUCAAUACUUUCUGCCCAGUUAAAUGAGCCAAAUACUCUAAGAUAUGAGAAACAAUUUGUAUAAUUGCUCUAAGUGCUAUUUUAGUACAUUGAAGUUGUCCAGGUGUAAAAACAUAUUAUUUAUAGAGAGUCAUAAUAACAUAAUACCUGCCAUGAGGUGUAGUAUAAAUCAUAAAUAUCUUAAGUCUUAGGAGA